UAUAGAAAGAUACUCUCUCUGCUCCUUCCCUGAAAAAAAUGCUUUGGGCACCCUCCUCGUGGGAGCUCAUUCUUGGCUUUCGUCGCUCCUUACAUACAUCACUAGGAAAUGUAGAUCUUCCCCCGUCCCUACCAACAACAGCGCCAACGCACUGGCUCUCUGAAAAUGAACUUAAGCAAUACAUCCCUCCUCUGAUGCGCGUAGGUUGGUGCCUAAGAUGGUCUACCAAGCUCAAAUCCUGUCAACUCUCCUCGGAGUUUCCCAUUGCCGGAUACAAGACCGCUAUGCGGUUCAUGAAUGACAUAUCUACAAUUGCCGAUGAAGAGAAUCAUCAUCCUGAGCGGAUCGGUUUCGCUAGCAAACGUCUUAGCAUCUCCGUUCAGACGCACAGCGCGCUUUCACCGCCGAUUUGUCUUCCGGGGAAAGCUGAGAAUGAGCAUACACCGUAUAAAUAUCCUGGAAUCACCCUUCGUGAUGUGCGUUUCGCAAUGCUCGUUCAAAGACAAUACGCGGAGAAGUAUCAGCCAAAGCCUCGGAAACUGCGCGAUACUCCUGAAGUUCCCGGAGUUUUGACUGAUGGAUCACUUUUGAGGAGUAUCUUGGAGCGUGCGGGUAUUCCUUAUGCUACGGACUAAGCCAAGGCUCAGUGCUCAGGUCGCCGCUUGAGGCGACUCGACUUAUGGAGGGGUAUUUACUGUACUCUCCUACGGUAGAACUAAAGGAUAUCAGAUGAUAAUAAUAUAU